AUGGAUGAAGAGUAUGAUGCAAUAGUCCUUGGUACAGGGCUAAAAGAAUGUAUUUUGUCGGGAAUGUUAUCAGUCAGUGGGAAAAAAGUUUUGCAUGUAGAUCGUAACAAAUACUAUGGCGGUGAAUCAGCAUCAAUAACGCCGCUGGAAGAUUUUUUUUCACACUUCAAUGCACCGGCUCCGGACAAAAUGUACGGCCGUGGACGAGAUUGGAACGUAGAUCUCAUCCCCAAGUUUCUGAUGGCCAAUGGACUCCUGGUGAAGCUUCUGAUCCACACGGGUGUGACGCGUUACCUUGAAUUUAAAUCAAUCGAAGGGUCGUAUGUUUACAAAUCGGGGAAAAUAUCAAAAGUACCGAUUGAUCAACAGGAGGCUUUGUCCAGUGACUUGAUGGGUCUUUUUGAGAAGAGACGGUUCCGUAAUUUCCUUACAUGGGUCCAAAACUUGCAGGAAGAUGAUCCUAAAUCUUACGAUGGGUUUGACCCGUUCCAUAAUCCAAUGAGCGCGCUGUAUAAUAAGUUUAGUUUGGAAGCCAACACUCAAGAUUUUACUGGCCACGCUUUGGCGCUCCACAGAAAUGAUGAGUACAUUUCACAGCCAGCCAUACUGACAGUCAGAAGAAUUAAACUCUACAGUGACAGCUUGGCACGUUACGGUAAAUCGCCGUACCUUUAUCCCAUGUAUGGUCUUGGUGAACUUCCUCAAGGUUUCGCCAGGCUCAGUGCCAUAUACGGUGGCACGUAUAUGCUCGACAAGCCGAUUGACGAGAUUGUCAUGGAAAACGGCAAGGUAGUGGGUGUGCGAUCUGGCAACGAAACAGCGAAGUGCAAGCAAGUAUUCUGUGACCCUACUUACGUGACUGACCGAGUGAAAAAAGUCGGUCAGGUCGUACGUGCAAUCUGCCUGCUAAAUCACCCGAUUGCUCACACAAAUGACGCCCUUUCUACCCAAAUAAUAAUUCCACAGAAGCAAGUCAAUCGUAAAUCUGAUAUUUACGUCUCUGUUGUUUCUUACACGCAUCAAGUAGCUGCGAAAGGAUGGUUCAUUGCCAUGGUUUCAACAACUGUUGAGACAGCCAACCCAGAGUUGGAAAUAAAACCCGGUCUUGAUUUACUGGGACCUAUUUCACAGAAAUUUGUCUCUGUUACUGAUUAUGUUGAGCCUCUUGAUGACGGCGUUGACAGUCAAUUAUUCAUAUCAGCCAGCUAUGACGCUACAACUCACUUUGAAACUACCUGCCUAGAUGUACUCGACAUAUUCAAACGCGCAACUGGCGAAGAGUUUGAUUUUACUAAAGUUAAACAGGAAUUGGGUGAUGAAGAUCUGUAG